AUGGCUUCGACUACGGCCGCCCAAGACGAAUUCAACCAACUGGUUUCUAACAAUACGGCCCGAACCAACGCACAUCCCGAAGACAAGCACGACAACGACCAGUCUGACCAGGACCUCGACGAGGAGGAUACGUAUCGCAACACGCAAAUUGACGCCGCCAUGCGCACACCUACUGCCGCCUCGGAGCUCAAGCUGCCGCCCGCGUCCUUUGACAGCGGUCGCUUCACCGGCGUCAAGGGUGUCAUUGCCGAUGCUCGCAGCUUUGAGACGGCGCGCAAGACGAAAUGGAUUGACCGUGCCCGCAACGCUCGCCGGAGCAUUCUCGGUUUCGCAGGCGUGGCCCCCGCCACCGGCAACAGCGUCACCAUCACCGGCGGUGCUCGAUCCGACAGCGAGACGGACGACGACGCCAAGAGUAACGACGAGGACAACUUUCUGAGCGAGUGGCGCGAGAGUCGCCGGCGGGAGCUGGAAAGCGCCGCCAACCGCGCCGUACGCACGAGAAAGACCAGUCCCAGCGUGCGCAUCUUCGGCCGUUUCGACGAGGUGGAUGCUAUGGGCUACCUCGACGCCAUUGAAAAGGUCAGCCGCGACACGACGGUAGUUGUCUUCGUGUAUGACAAUGAGUGUGAGGUAUCAGCAACCAUUGAAGACGCUCUUGUACCGCUGGUACGCGUCAAUCCUACCACGCACUUUGUCAAGGUGCACUACGACGACAUUGAGUUUGACCCAGCAGCCGUACCUGCGCUGCUAGCGUACCGAAAUCAAGGUGAUCUGGUGGCCAACCUGACGGGUAUCAUUGAGAUGAUGCCCGACGAUGACAGCUUCGAUUCGGCGUCCCUCAAGAGGAUCCUUCAGCAGCACCGGGUACUGUAA